AUGAAACUAUACUUUGAAGCGGAAAAGUUUCUUAGACCGAAUAAAAAGGCAAAUGGUAGUUUACAAUCUCGUAUUUUCAAUGAUAAAAAGUUGACCAAUUCCCCCAAACAUAUCUUUGCAUUGGUGUAUUCCACCAUCAAAUACAAGGAAUAUAUUGAUAUGAUUAUUAAAAAGUCCAAGGUCAAACAAGAAUUUCAAGCUAAGAAGGUCAAAGUAAGUGAUGAAUUAUUAGCAUUGUUAAUUCAUGAUUUGUUAUUUUCUUCCAAAGGAAGAAUUCAGAGUGGGAAACAUCCAAUAAAAGAUGCAUUUUUACUGAAUAAAACAAGAUUACAAGCCGAAUUUACCAAAUUGAAAUUGAAAUAUAAAGUUAAGUCUGCUGAUCAAUUACCAACCAAGGAAACUGAUGAUGAUGAAACUCCAAUUCGUUGGUUCAGAAUAAAUACUAUAAAAAUUGAUCCUGAAAGAUUUUACGUCAAGCACCCAUUUUUCAAGCAACUUCAACCUGUCAGUUCACUUGAAGAAAUUAAAGAGCCAGGUGUGAUUUAUUCUGAUGAUUAUAUUCCAAAUUUAUUUGGUGUUCAUCCAAGAGAGAAGAUAACAUCAACUGAAGCUUACAAACUAGGAGAAAUAAUUAUUCAAGACCGUGCUUCAUGUUUCCCAAGCCACAUACUUAAUUCCGAUCCUAAAGACAUUCAUACACAAGUUAUAGACGCAUGUGCAGCACCAGGAAAUAAAACCACACAUGCGGCUGCACAUCUUCCGAAUUCAGAAUCUGUUGUUUAUGCUUUCGAAAGAGAUUCCAAAAGAGUACAAAUUCUCAAAACCAUGUGUGAGAAGGCGACUGGUAAAAACAAAAAGAAGCUUAUUCAAAUAACUCAUGCUGAUUUUACCACUACUAAACCAGACGAUUUUGCUGACGUGACAGGUAUGGUUGUUGAUCCAUCAUGUAGUGGUUCAGGUAUUUUUGGAAGAGCAUUAGAGGAUUCAUACAAUGAACAAGAAAGUGAAACCGUCAAUACUGAACGUUUAGCCAAAUUAUCUGGUUUCCAAUUUGCAAUCAUGAAACAUGCUUUACUGUUUCCACUGGCACGAAAAGUUGUUUAUUCAACUUGUUCUGUACAUGUUCAAGAAAACGAAAGAGUAGUUAUUGAUUUGCUACUGGACCCAGAAGUUAGAAAAAGAGGGUGGACUUUGGCUACAAGGGAUGUAGUUAUUCCAAAAUGGGAAAGAAGAGGGUUUGAAGAUGAAUUUGUUAAAUUGACACGUGAUCCAGAAGAAUGUAAAAAAUUAGCUGGUGGAUGUGUUAGAGCCAAUCCUAAAGUAGAUGGGGGAAUUGGUUUUUUUGCAGCUUGUUUUGUUAGACAAGUGGAAAGCAAUAAUGGCACCAAUAUUUCGGAUCAAAGCCAAGAAGGACAAGAAUCUGACCAUAAUGAUGAAUGGGAGGGGUUUCAAGACUAA